AUGUCUGAUCCUUCAUCAAAGCCACCGUCCAUCCCCCCGUGGCAGCGGCAACCUGGCUCUGCUCCAACCGAGCGGUCCUCAUCGUCACAAUCGCCGAGCCCCGACGAUGCGCCUGCAUCCGCCUCACGACAAGAUCUCAUUGACCAAGCAUCCAAGUUCCUAGAGGACGAAUCAAUCCGCGAUGCAUCGACAGAUCGCAAAGUUUCCUUCCUUGAGUCGAAAGGCCUGACUUCUGACGAGAUCCAACAACUCCUCGGCGUCUCCCGAAACCCGGAGGCGAGCAGCGCCGACUUGACCGCGGCCGAACCUGAGCAACAAGAAACAUCUUCAUCCUCCUCCUCAUCUAACCAGUCUGAAUCGCCCUCGAUCACUGCGUCUACCUCACCCUCUUCUACCACAAUGUCGCAGCCACGCUCAACCCCCGCCACCUCCACAACCUCCUCCACCACAGCACGCGACGUGCCCCCAAUCAUCACCUACCCGGAAUUCCUCUUCCAGCCGGCCAAGCCACCUCCACUGGUGACCAUGAGCCGAGUCCUAUACACAAUCUAUGGUGCCGCAGGCCUCGGCGCCAGCAUCUACGGCGCCAGCGAAUACCUCGUCAAGCCAAUGCUAGCAAAUCUCACCAGCGCACGCCUCGAUCUCGCCAGCACCGCAAAGGAGAACCUGCAAAAGCUAAACGAGAAGCUCGAACAGAAUGUCUCCGUUAUACCCGCCCAUCUCACCGCGCGGAAGAACAAGGGAACCGAGGAGGGAGACGAAGACUCAAGCGACACCGAUUCUAUCAUCUCAGACCCGACAGAGCUCUUCCACCGAGACAUCGGUACCCAGACUACUCCCGACGUGUCGACAACCUCGCGGUCUUCGUCUUCAAAGGACCCAGCAGAGACGGCUGCGGAUGCGCCCACCGUCGCAGUCAACAAACACCUAACCCGCCUAGAGUCUAUUCAAUCCUCAUUGAAAGAAAUCAACGAGUUCGAGAAGGACUCUAGUACCCUGGAUGACUCUAUGCGCACUCGUCUCACAGAUCUCCACCACUACCUUGACGGAUUAAUAUACGCUGCGCCGAGUUACAAUACGACCACCGCCGGCUACGGUGGUCUCUACUCUGGAAACACCGGCAGCGGGACAGACGGCAGCUCGUCUGGUGUGCACAAGGCCGAGGAGGACGCUAUUGCAGGCUUCAAGGCGGAGAUUCGGGGUGUGAAGGGUGCGCUGCUCAGUGCUAGGAAUUUCCCCGCUAGUCGAGGCGGGAGACUGCCCGGUGGUGUAGCUGCGUCUGGGAGGUGA